GAAAGAUUGAAUUUUUUCCGUUAGCUCCAGCUUCUCUCUACGAAAUCCGUACACUUCUUCUUCUCCAUUGCGUUUUUUGUUCGUUCUUGUUUUCUUCCUUGGAUUUUUGGGUGUUUGAGCUCGAACAUUAACUGUAAUACAUCUUCCUUUCCUUAGGGGUGUAUUAUCUUUAAUUUUUUAGCUCAAAACCUGAAGUCUUUGGAGGGCUGGAGCAACAUUUUUCGCACAAACACUAUUCAUACACGAAAAACUCUUUCUUAGAUCCCAAAGCCUCCUUUUGAGCUAAGAUGAUUCUGGAUAUGGGGUGAGAAUCGCCUCUCCUUGGCGCACCACAUACUCUAAUCUUAGCUUCAUCCCCCCUAUCCGUACAAUCAACUUUGUGACCGUUUGUACGGACAUUUACUCCAUUAGUACGGACAACAAGCUCAAAGAAGAAAAGAAGAAAACAAACUUGGUCUUUGAAGGACUCUUGGAGGCGUUUUGUGCUUACAACGUCCUUGGAUGCUCACCUUGACCUUGGAUAGCUUGGGACACACCUCCUAGCUAUGGUCAACACUCGGAAGCUUGCCAAGGCAGUGUCUCCCAUCGCUCCUAUGACCGGGAAAAACAAAUUGAAGUCAGUUAAGAAACUCCAAGCUCAACACAUGGAAGCUAAGAUGUUGGAUGAAAUGGAGAAGAAGAUAUCCUCUACCGAAGGAGACGAGGAGGUUACCAGUGAGUUGAGGUCAGAAAAUACCAAAAACAAGGGGGCCAGCAACACUAAGCAACCACCUACCCAAGAUGUGGCAAAUGACAACACAAACAACAACAUAAAGGUAACUUCUUUGGACACCAAUAUUGUGUGCGAAAAUGAUGAUGUAUUAGCGUUGGAAAAAGUUGGUGGGGGGUCUGUAUUACAGAAUGAAAUAGGUAUUUUGGCUGUUGGAAACAUUAAAGAGGUCCCUCACCAAUCCAUUAAUGAAGAAAUUGUGCAAAAUGAGGGCUGUUUGGCCGAGAUAGUGAAGACUACAAAUGCUAGUGUGGAGGCUGUUUUGGAGGCUGUUUUGGAGGGGGGUUUUGAUGACCAACCUUUGGGGGUUGUUAGCCCCAUUAAUGUGGUUACUCCUACACCCAUUAAUGAGACCACACCCUCGGAUUUGGAGCAAGAUAGGGCAAUUGAAAAAGAAAAAAACGUUGAGGUUGAAAAGGAACCAUGUGAAGAUGAUGUCUAUCUUAAGGCCAUAAAUAGGACCAAGAAAUUGAGUACUAAUGGAGAUGCUUCUACCUCUCAAGGCACCAAACAAACUGUCCAAGCUGCCCCUAAACCAUGGUCCUCCUUAUUUACUAAUAAUAGGGAAUCAUCCCAAGGAAUGAAACUUACUUACAUCCCACCUACCGGAGAUAUGGUUGACCUUUCUAACUACACACUUCACUCCAUGGUGGAGCUAUGGGGGUACUGUUUGGUUGACUACUUUGUAGGGGUGUUUCCCGGACCUAGGGCAGUCAACGCUAUGAUCCAAAAAUGGGGGGUUCCUUGCAAAGCUAGACCGCAUAGGAAAGGAUGGAUUAUCUUCAAGUUCCAAAGGGAGGCGGAUAGGGAUCAAGUCCUUCUAGAUGGACCUCAUUCCAUCUAUGGGAAAAUGUGCUACUUGAAAGUCCUUGAUGAUAACUUCUCAACACAUAGUGAUGAAUUCCUCAAAGUGCCUAUAUGGGUCAAAUUUCAUGGGCUGCCCAUGAGGGCUUGGAUAGAGGAUAUCCUAAGUGCCGUGGCUUCUAGAGUGGGUAAACCAUUGGCUACGGAUAGGGUGACACAAGAGAAAGCUAGAUCUUCAUAUGCUCGUGUUCUAAUUGAAGUAGAUGCGGCCAAGCCCCCUCCACUCCAAUUUGAUGUCAAACUUCCAUCCGGGGAGAUCUAUAGCCAAGGCGUAGUGUAUGAGACCUUUCCAAACUAUUGUUAUCAUUGCAAGAUGUUCGGCCAUCACCCCUUCACAUGUAAAACACUCCAUGACUUGGAAAGGAAAGAAAGAGGAGAAGAAGUACCCCCCCAAGAACCAAGGAAAAACACUACAUUUCAAAUAGAAGAACAAAGAAGGCAAAUCUAUACUAUCAAAGCUAAGAAUAGAUGCUAUCAUGAGGAGCAUCCAAAGGCCGAGACCACCAAGAGCAGCCAUGACCAGCCCGUGGCAGAAUGUUUGGAAAGAGAAGAGGGGGAGAUCAUUGAAGAGGAAGCCACAAUCUUAGAAGAAAACCCCCUUGCCUUGAUCUUGGCUACACCUAACAUUGAAACGGAAGAACAAAAAGAAGAAGAACUAGUGGAUGAGCUUGACAAAAUCAUGGCUAACAAAGAAGAGGAGCAAGGGACAUCAAAGGAAGAGAAGGAGGAUGUUGAUUUGGAAGUAAGAAUUAUCAAUGAUAUCCGAGAUAGCUACCAUGAUGAUGUGGUCAUUCAAGUAGAUUUCAUUGAAGGGAAACCUCCCAAUCUUCACAUGGCCCACAUGAAUGAGCUAGAACUAACCAUGAAGCCGGGGGGAAAGCUUGUGAGACUUGAUAAUUGGUUCUCAAUCACCGAUGACUUGGAUGCACCUGGGAUUACAUUCACUAAAGCUUGCCUAGAGGGGCUGCCUGGGGUGAUCCAAAUAGAGGACGGGUAUGCUUUUGAUGCUUUCUUUAUGCGUAAUAUUCAUCAUCUUUUUCUUGGUAGGUAUUUUAGCGAAAAUGGCCUUCAAGGCAACACAUGGAAGAAAAGGCCAUGGCAAGGAAGGAAAAAGAGGAUCAAGGAUGAUGGGGGAACCAACUCAAUUGUUUAAUGAUCAUUACGGCAUGGAACAUAAGAAACCUUAAUAAGGUCUCAAAACAAUCUCUUAUCUUUAAUUUUAUUCGUGCUCAUAAUGUACAUAUGUGUUGUUUGCUUGAAACUAAAAUGUCUACUUCUAAUUUUGAAAAACUUAAGGAAAAUAGAUGGCCACUAUGGUCUUCUAUUACAAAUUUUGAUACUAUAGAUGGUGGCCGCAUGGCCCUUAUGUGGAAUACGAACUAUGUUGAAAUAGAUGUGCUUGAAAUUGACAAACAACAUAUUCAUUGCAAAUGUGUGUGUAAGACUACACAAUUGAAUUUUAUGGUUACUUUUGUUUAUGCCUUGUACUCGGUGGGGGUGAGGAGAACCCUUUGGGAUCACGUUACCAAUUUGGGAUCUACCAUAAGUAGUCCUUGGCUAGUUAUGGGGGAUUUCAAUGGUGUUUCUUCCCCUAGUGAAAGGAUUGGCCCCACACCACCCUCGGCUUAUUACUUACAAGACUUAGUUGACUUCAAGCUUAAUGCAAACCUUAUUGACACUCCUUCCACCGGUGAAUUCUUCACUUGGAAUAGGGGUUCACUUUGGGCUAAGUUGGAUAGAGUUUUAAUGAAUUCUUUUUGGAAUACUAAUGGUAUCACUUGCAAAACACAUUUUCAUGAUAUGGAGGUGGAAUGUGACCAUGUUGCACCAUUGGUUACUUUCGGCCAUAACCCCCCCUUGGGGUCAAAACCCUUCAAAUUUUUCAACAUGUGGCUUAAACAUGAGUCUUUUCCCUCUAUACUUCAUGAGAAUUGGUUUAUGUAUGUAAUGGGCAAUGCUCAAUUUCGGUUAGUUUCGAAACUCCAAGCUCUUAAGAAACCACUCAAGGAACUUAACAAGAAUACUUUUGCUCAUAUUUCUUCUAAGGUAAAGGACUCAAAGAAAGAAUUUAACAGAUUACAUAGUCUUCUCUUACUUUCCCCUUUGGAUGAUACCUUAAAGAAUGAUGUCCAAGUAGCUAAGAAGAGAGUGCUUUUUCUUAAAAUGGCUGAGGAUGCUUUUUAUAGGCAAAAAGCAAAGGGUAUUCAUUUGAUCCAAGGGGAUAGAUGUACCAAAUACUUCCACUCUAUUGUGAAGAAGAGGGCUGCCAAGAACUCCAUUACGACUUUAAAUCUAGCCAAUGGGGAACUAACUACCUCUAUGGAUCAAGUUGCUAAGGAAUUUGAGAAUUUUUAUGUCAAUUUGUUUGGAACCCCGGUAAGUUGUCCUCCAAUUGAGCCUAGCAUAAUUACAUCCGGGACAUGUCUAGGUACGGACCAAGCUUUAGGGCUGAUUUCCCCCGUUUUAGACAUUGAGAUUAAAAAUGCUAUGUUUGAUAUUGGGGAUGACAAGGCCCCGGGGCCGGAUGGUUUUACCUCUGCCUUUUUAAAGAAAAUUGGUCAAUUGUUGGGGAAGAUGUGGUUGACGCCGUGAGGGGCUUCUUUGAGUCUGGCAGGUUAUUAAAGCAAAUUAAUCACACGAUUAUUGCUUUAAUCCCUAAAACCUCACACUCCCCCACACCUGCUGAUUUUAGACCAAUUGCAUGUACAAAUGUUCUUUAUAAGGUCAUUACUAAAGUCAUUGCUAAUAGAAUGAUUCCAUGUUUACCGGGGCUAAUUGACCAUGCCCAGGGGGCUUUUGUAGAUGGGAGGCUUAUGAUGGAUAACAUUUUCCUUGCACAGGAAUUGGUAAAGGGGUACACUAGGAAGCAUUGCUCCCCCAGGUGUAUGAUUAAGGUGGACCUCAGGAAAGCCUAUGACACCAUUUCUUGGGACUUUCUUUAUAGUGUACUCCUUAACAUUGGUUUUCCUUUACAAUUUGUUAAAUGGAUUAUGGAAUGUGUCUCUACCGCUUCCUUUUCUAUCUCCAUCAAUGGAACAUUACAUGGUUUUUUUAGAGGGAAGAGGGGAUUAAGACAAGGUGAUCUUAUGUCCCCACUCCUAUUUGUUUUAUGUUUGGAAUAUUUGUCAAGGUUGUUAAACUUGAGAACUACAUCUGAUUUUAACUUUCAUCCCAAGUGUGGUAGCUUAAAGAUUUCACAUCUUGCCUAUGCUGAUGACCUUAUGUUGUUUUGUAGAGGUGAUACAUAUUCUGUUAAAGUUUUGAUUGAUGCAUUGAAUGAGUUUGGGGAGGUAUCAGGGUUAAGAGUUAACUUUGACAAAUCUAAUAUUUUCUUGGGAGGUGUUAGAGACCAUGACCUUACGGCCAUACUUGACUUGGUGGACUUCAAAGUUGGAGCCUUCCCUGUCAAGUACCUCGGCAUUCCCCUCUCCCCCCUUAAACUAGCUAUAGCUGAAUAUGCCCCCCUUUUGGAAAAGAUCUCUGAUUAUCUCAGCUCAUGGAACACCAAGACAUUGUCAUAUGCUGGUAGAACUGAAUUGAUUAAAUCUGUUAUUCAGGGAGUACAUUCUUUUUGGUUACAGGUGUUUCCUAUACCCCAAGCCAUCCUUGAUAGAGUGGUCUCAAUUUGUCGUAUUUUCUUUUGGGGAUGCAUAUUUGCCAGAGUUGCUUGGGCAGAUAUGUGUCUCCCAAAGGAGGAGGGGAGCUUGGGUAUAAGACAUACUAAAACUUGGAAUAAUGCUUUACUCUCUAAGACCCUUUGGGAUAUUCACCUUAAACGAGACACACUUUGGGAGAAAUGGGUGCAUGGAGUCUAUCUUAAAGGUAGAUGUGUGUGGGAAUUUUCCCCACACACUAGGGACUCCCAGCUUACUAAGAAGCUACGGCUGAUCCGAGACAUCCUUGUCUCAAAAUAUGACUCCAUUGAGACCACAAUAGCAGCCCUCUCUAAGAUGGUUACAAAUGGGAAACUGUGCUCUUCAAAUGUGUAUGACUUGAUUAGAGUUAAGGGCACUAAACAGGUGUGGAUGCCCUUUAUUUGGAAAGCUUACAUACCUCCUAAGUUCUCAUUCAUUGCAUGGCUUGCCUUCCACAACCGCCUUGCAACGUAUGAUAAUCUUAGUAGGCUUGAUGUGAUUAACAUUUGCCCAUUUUGCAAGGGUGAACCGGAGACGGUGCCACACCUUUUCUUUGGUUGUCAAUUUACAGGCACAGUUUGGAGCAAAGUAAGAGCAUGGAUUGGAAUACCUAGACAAAUGUCUACUCUGGAAAGCUCAGUUAAGUGGAUUAGGAAGGAGCAUGCAGGUGCGGGGAUCAAGGCCAAGGAAGUCAGAAUUGCAUUCAUCUAUACUAUAUACUGGUUAUGGAGAGUUCGGAAUGCCACCAGAAUUGAUGAUAAGAAGACCCAAGAGGAAGAAGUUUUUGCCAGGAUCCAAUACAUGGGUAUAAGAUCCUCUAUAGUAUUUAUCCUCAUGAGCUUAUUACGUUUUGAAAUUUUAUAGGGUGCGGCUACAUGCCUUUUUUUGUGUGAUUUGGGACUAAUUGUAUAGCCCACAGGUCUAUGGUAUAUCCCAUGUUGGGAUAGCCCCAUUUUUGUCCCCCACUUUUUUGCCUCACUUGUACAGAAACUCUUUUGGAUGAUAUAUAUAAUUACCCUUUAUCCAAAA